GCGGUGGCGGCGGCUGCUCUGCUCGGGGUUCUGUCACGGUGUUGGCAGUGCCCGGCUCUCCGGCCCCCUCCCCCUCUCCCGCCCGGCGAGGGUGGUCACCGGAGAGGCUCCUCUGCCUUGCUCAGCGGAGCGGGUCUACGGAGGGGCGCGGGUGUCCGGCGGCGGCAGUGAGCCAGUGGGCAGUGGGGGUUGGUCCCGUGGCUCCGGCCCCCGGUGCAGAAUGGCGGCGGCGGUUCGAAUGAACAUCCAGAUGCUACUGGAGGCGGCCGACUAUCUGGAGCGGCGGGAGAGAGAAGCUGAGCAUGGUUAUGCCUCCAUGUUACCAUACAAUAACAAGGACAGAGGUGCCUUAAAACGGAGGAACAAAUCUAAGAAGAACAACAGCAGUAGCAGAUCAACACACAAUGAAAUGGAGAAGAAUAGACGGGCUCAUCUUCGCUUGUGCCUGGAGAAGUUGAAGGGCUUGGUGCCGCUUGGACCUGAAUCCAAUCGACAUACAACGUUGAGUUUAUUAACAAAAGCUAAAUUGCACAUAAAGAAACUUGAAGAUUGUGACAGAAAAGCCAUUCACCAAAUAGACCAGCUGCAGCGUGAGCAGCGGCACCUGAAGAGGCAGCUGGAGAAGCUGGGGAUCGAGAGGAUUCGGAUGGACAGCAUCGGAUCCACGGUCUCCUCUGAGCGCUCCGACUCUGACAGGGAAGAAAUCGACGUGGACGUGGAAAGCACAGACUGCCUGCCAGGGGACCUGGACUGGAGCUGCAGCAGCGUGAGUGACUCUGACGAGCGGGGCAGCAUGCAGAGCCUCGGUAGCGACGAGGGUUACUCCAGCUCCGGCAUCAAGAGAAUAAAGCUCCAGGACAGUCGCAAGACAUGUCUCGGGCUAUAGGAGACAGUGGUCACCUAGCUGCCGCCCUGCUGGUUGUCCCGAUGGAUCUGAUUAGGUAGCGUAUGGGACCUACCCAUGAUACUCUUGCACGCAAACUUCAGUGUACCACCUUUACCAAAUCAGCUUUGUCAAAGUUUUUGAGGAAGUUCGUAGGAUUGGGUUUCUGAUUGCAUCUACUAGCCUCUGUAUGUGUGUGUCUCUCAAAAUUUGUCUCUACGAGACUGUACAUUCCAAUCAAUUCGAAGCAUCCAAGAAUUCUUAGACUGAAUGAGCAAUUUUCACAUCUCAGCAGCACCCCCCCACACACACCCCCCUCUUCUUUACUGUCUUCAUGUAGUUGACCAGACCGUUCUGUUUUCUGGCUUGCUGUUACUUUCCUAGGAGAAAUGUCCAAAUGUGACUUGUGCUUAGGAAACUAAGCUGAGGGAAAUGAUCUUUGGAAGCUGAGAUCGGGAUCUCAGAACUCAGAAGUAAGCUUUGAAAGUGAAAUUGAAGAGCACUUAGCCCCAGCCCUGGCCCUGUGAGGAAGUGGGGACACCUCCUGGAAGUGCCCUCCAGGCACAGCCCAGGCCGAUUCCCCACGUACCCACCACAUGUGGAGAGAGCAGUCCUCACUUUAAAACAGACACCUUGACAGCGUGUCUCUGGGAUUGCACAAUUUAGGGAAGUUCCAACAUUGUUUCUUCUCGCAAACAAAACGGUACAAUCUGUGUGUGUGGGUCUUGGGAACUUGCUGUCAUCUGCUGUCUCAAGGCACAUUUCCCCCUCCAAGUUUGGUAAUGCUACUUGUCUCUGGAACAUUUUUUUUCCUACCUCAGAGAUAAAUGAGAUCUCCAUUUCCCACUUAACAAAAGUGAUUAUGCCGCCUUCUUUUUUUUCUUUUCUCUUUUUCCCCAAAUAAGUGACAUUUGGUCCAAGUCUAAUCUAUUUUCUUAUUUAACUUUCAGCAAUAACUGAGCUUUGGCACUAGCUGAGCUGGUAGCCAUCAUCAGUGAAAGAAAAAGUCCACAUUUCUACUGUCUGUGGUGCAGGUGAACAGGAGGGAUUCCGUAUGAGAAUUCCUCUCUGGGCUGUUUAUUUUUUGAUUCACCAAGAAACUUCUUUAUGGAGUCUUUUGGGUUGAUAGUUUAAAAGGCUGAUUUUUUUUUCUCUUUGGUUAUUACUUCUCCUGUAAGUGGUCUCCCACUUUGUAGCAUUUUUAUUUAAGCUAAAAACAGAGCACAUGUAUAUGUACAUAAAACACAUGAAAUCUAUAAAUACUAUUUAUUCAUUUUAUAUAAACUAAUGUAAUGGAAAAUAAAUUCUUAUGACUUUGUGCUUUUAUAGAUGUUCUAGCCACUUUGUAUGUAGGUAGCUACAAAAUUGGUUCAUUCCCCAUAAUAUUUUUGCAUUCAUCUUUUUGAGGGCUUGAUAUUGUCAAGCCUCUGGUGAAUCCUUUUCAUUGAAUUGGAACCAUUUGUAAAAUCUGUGAUGCUGAAGUAGAGCAUGUGUCACAAAACAAUAGAACAUUCUUAAAAUCCAAGGCGCACCGCAACUGGAGGGCUCCACGCUGGCUCGCUCGCGGUGGGCACCCACCCUGGGCCCCCACUGUGCUGUGGUCACGGGCACACCUCAGCCUUGCACGACGUCAAGCGCCUCCACCUUCAAGUUCAAACAUAGUCUGCGCUGGAGUUCAUCUGAUACAUGAAGAGCAGUCUACACAAAGCAAGAUCUUUUUCAUGUUUUUUUUUAAUGAUUCCUUAAUGUAUUAAAAAAAGAUUUAAUUGGAAGUAGCAGAUUCCUCAGUGAUUCCAAAGUCAUCAUAACACUUCGGGGUUCCCCUCACCCCCUUCAUUUUGACUUUGAUUGGUGGGAGGGGCAGGUGACAAAGGAAUUUUUUUAAUUGUUGGAAUCUUUUCCAAUUACCAGCUGAAGAUUUGCACUGAAAUACAACUUGUAUGCCUUUUGCAUUUUUAAAAAUCUGCUUCCUGGAUUUAAAGCAGAGGGAUAGUGUUCAAAGAGCCAGCUCAGCCUGUAACAUGUCUGAAGAAGAUAUGCCUGCACUUUGAGGUCCCUUUCGAAUGGCAUUCGUAAGACCUCUCAAGCGUUUUGUUUAAUUGCUACAUCUAAGCGCCUCACAAGUCCACAAUGCUACAUGCCACCUGGCAUCAAAACUCAAGACUCUGGAAAGAGCUUGUGGGCUUACAAUGCGGGGAGGGAGGGAAGGGAACAAAAUUUGUGUACUUGUUUGUUUGAUUUACAAAUAAGGCAUCUGAGAGAUGCCAUUAUUUUCUGUGUUUUAAAUGUUGUGCCUUUUGAGUUUAAACUGCAUUUUUUUGGUCUUUUUGGUUGAAAUAUGAAAUGUACUGUCCCAAUAUAAAAACAGUAAUUAUUUGACCUUU